AUGAUUGUCCAGCUUGUGUCAGUCGAACUCGCAUUCGCAGGUGGCCAUUGGGAGGUGCUGCCACAGGCCGUCUCUGACGUCAAGUUGGUCUUCGGCCGUGGUGGUCUGGUUCAAGGGCUGAUCAACUAUUUGCUGGACUCGUACGGGAACCUGGAUGAAAUCUUUCUGACUUCGGUGUGGCCAGUGCUGGCGAGCGCCAUCCCAGAGAGUCUGGCCCAAGCUUUCGUGCAGAUUCCAAGGAGGGUUGGGCAGCUCCGGCACAGCUUCAACAUCCGCGGCCGCUGCCUGCAACCCCUCAAGGACGGGGAGCGGUGCGAGACCGACCAGGUGAGCAUUGAAUUUCAAGACGUCACAGCAACCGCCAUCUUGCCAAAGCCCCUGGCAGAGAAGUAUCUUGUGAGCCAGAACUGCACCAAGUCCUGUGAGGCGAUGCCACGGCUGCAUUCCUACGUUAAGUCCUCGGAGGCUUCUGUUUUCGAUGGCACUUCCACGGAGACGGGCCUCCAAGUGGACUAUUCAGCCGAGGAGUUCACCAAGAUCCUGUUGGAGGGCAGUGCUGUGGCGCCAAUGAAGCUCUUGGAGAUUGGUUUGGGCAAUGGCACCAAUCUCGCGAACCUGCUCCCUUCGAUUCCGGGGAAGCUCGAAUCUGUGGGCUCGAUGAGUAUCAGAGAGGGCAACAAGGCCGAACGCGCCAUUUUGAGUGUUUGUUGCGUGUCCGGUCUUGGCGCCGAAACCAGCAUUUCGGGGCACCUGGAUAUGAUGCGUAACGCUCAUCGACCUGUGCCUACCGGCCUAGCUCCGAUAAUCGGCUGA